AUGCAAGUGCUACGAUUGAUCUUCAAGCUCAUAACAUUGUGCGGAUGCUGGCGGCCAGCUUCUUGGGACCCGACGCCCUGGAGAUACAUCUACAACAUGUACGCGAUGUUCUUUUACUCGAUUUUACAACUAGCCUUUUUCGGAGGAGCCCUGGACCUCGCUCUCACUGUUGACAACCGAAACGAUCUCAGCGAGAAUUUGUACAAAACGAUGGCUUUCGGUGUCGAUUGUUAUAAACUGGCCACCAUGCUGGCCAUGAGAGAAAACAUUGGCAUCCUGAUGGACAUCCUUGAAUCGGAGCCGUUCGCACCCGUGGGCGACGAGGAGCUGGAAAUCCGGACGAAGUUUGAUAAAUCGGCCGAGAAGAUCGUAAAAGUCUACAUGACCGCCCUGGUGGUGUGGUCAGUGUGGACGGUGCUAGGAACGCUGCUGAUGAAUUUUACGAGCAGGAAGUUGCUGUACCGCGUCUGGCUGCCGUUCGAGUAUACCUCAGCAACAAUAUACUCUCUGGUCUACCUGCACCACGCGCUCGCAACCCUGUUUUGCGUCACAGCGGCGGUCGCAUACGACGGCCUGUUCGCCGGGCUGCUGGUACACAUAUACUCUCAGUUCGAGAUACUCCGGUACCGUCUGCGAAACGUUCACAGGAGCGAGAUCAAUUCGGUGAAACAUUGUACCCAUCAUCAUGACCAGAUCUACAAGUUGGUUCCCAUGCUUCGUACCGGUAGAGAUCCUAGGCAGCAUCCAUCGAUUAUGUUUUAA